CACUAUAUUGCCAACUUGGAUGACAUCGUUAACAAACACAAGCGCUGGGUGGAACUGAUGCCACGUGUCAAACCCUUCUACGCCGUGAAAUGUAACAACACUGAACCAGUCGUGAAGACCAUUGCGGCACUCGGGGCGGGAUUUGACUGCUGCAACAUUUCAGACAUUGAACAGAUUUUGAAGCUUGGGGUAGAAACUGAUAGGAUUAUAUAUGGCCACCCAGUCAAAGAUCCAGACGAUAUCAAAUCAGCAUCUGAAUUUGGAAUUAAUUUGAUGGUGUUUGACAAUGAGCAUGAAUUAGUCAAGAUUAAGAGUAUAAACCCUACGACUAGCCUUGUUUUAAGGAUUUUACCAUUUGAAAGGGGCUCUGGUGACGUAAUUGAUGAAAAGUACGGGUGCCUGGCCGAUCGAUGCGAAGACCUCCUAGUGAAGGCCAAAAAAAUGGAUCUCAAUGUGGUUGGUGUCAGUUUUCAAAUAGGUCGCUCCGGUUUCGAUGUCGUUUCCCACUUGGACACCAUAAUCUUUUGUCGUCGUGUCUUCGAUUUAGCUAAAACCAUCGGCUUCAACUUCAACUUCCUGGACAUCGGUGGUGGAUUCCCCGGUUAUUCAACCGAAGGCAACCCGACAUUCGCCGAUGGGGCAAAAAGAAUCAAUAAAACUCUGGAUGAAUAUUUUCCAACUGAAGAAAAUGUUGUUGUCAUUGCGGAACCCGGGACGUACUACGUGCAGUCGGCUUUCACUUAUGUACUAAGAGUGAUUGGUAAACGGGUCUCGAAUGAUGUAUACGAUUACUACCUUAACGAUGGGGUUCAUGGCGCAUUCAGUAAGACAGUGACAUAUGAUAAGAAAGUUCCAGACUUCCACCUGCUUGAGGACAAACCCUUGGUGCCGUUCCAUAAGAGCAACGUCUGGGGUUCAACACUCAACCCCGACGAUCGCCUGGCACAGAACAUCCAACUGCCCGAAUUGGACAUCGGAGACUGGUUGUACGUGCCCAACAUGGGGGCAUACACGACAGUCCUUGCCACCUCGUUUUGCGGGACGCCCCCUUCAAAUAUUAUCUGGAUGGCGUCUGAUUCAACAACCUCUCAAGUCGGUUUUUAAGGCAUUUGGGGGUACAUUUGAGUUGUGAAAUCUAUAUCAUUAUACCGUUCUAUGUAGCCUAGUUAUAAAUACGCUUCAGAUUAGGACAUUUUGCGGAAUUGAUCAGUGUAUAAGUAAAUCUUCUUAACGUGCUUCAGUAAAUCCAGACUCGGCCUACGCCCCCUUAUUUUGCAGAGACCUUGCAAUUUGUUUCAGUGGUUUAAUUAAAUGCAACAGCGGUAAUGUACAUCAACUAUUUAACGUAUCAGUCUUAAGUACAUGCCAACGUAGUUGUACCUCUUCGUGCUAUGUUAAACUUUAAUGGCUUUUAUGUGUCACUUUUAAGAGUAGCGACAGAAACCAAUUCCUGAGGUAAAAAAAAUUCAUUUGUCCGAAGUGAUUGGAUUAUUAAAAACAGCUGAAGAAAGUGUUAAAAAAUUCUGACAUGUUUUACAUACAU